UCGUGUACUUAAAUAUCCCACAUGACAUGGUUUAAAAGGUGAAGUUGUAAGCGCUCAACGCUAGAUGUCGCUCGGUCGCCGUGUGUCGGGCGAGUCCCCUUUUGACUUUUGUCCUUCUGCGGCCGCCGUACGAGUGAUAGCAACAUGGCGGGUGACACAGCCAAAAGCCAGGAUUUUGUGACUUAUGGGACUCCCCUGGAGCCUCUGGAAGAAGACGAGGCCCCGAGGAAGCCACUCCCCCUCCACGAGCAGACCGUCAAGGAUGAAAAGGGGCGGUACCAGAGGUUUCAUGGCGCCUUCACUGGAGGAUUUUCCGCUGGUUAUUUCAACACUGUGGGCUCCAAAGAAGGGUGGACGCCGUCAACCUUUGUGUCAUCACGACAACAGAAGGCGGAGAAGCAUCAUGCCACACCAGAAGACUUCAUGGAUGAGGAGGAUAUGGGCGAGCAUGGCAUCGCCCCUUCCCAAAUCACGACCACACAGCCGUUCGCUUCCGGCCACAGCAUGGGGGACAAGGCUAGGGCGGUGAACGCCCAGGCGGCGCUCAUCCCGGGGGACACCAUGUUGGAGGAACUGAUCGCCCCCGCCAGGUCUUCGGUGGGCGUGGAGCUUCUGAAGAAGAUGGGCUGGAAACCGGGUCAGGGGGUGGGACCUCGUGUGAAGAGGAGGGCUCGCCGCCAGCACACAGACGCCACCGCCAGAGUGUACGGCUGCGCUCCGCCCCCCGCCGGCUCAGAGGGUUCAGAGGAGGAGGAUGAUGAUGAAGAGUUUGCUCCCGACAAUGUGACCUUCGCCCCCAAAGAUGUGAGCGCGGUGGACUUCACUCCGAGGACCGGGCUUCAGGGUCUGGGCUACAGCGGUUUGGACCCGGCCCUGGCACUGCAAGCCGGGGGAGCCAACGAACACAUCGACUUGUUCAAGCCGCACUCGGACUUGAGGAGUCGACUCUUUGGAGAAGCGCUGAGCAUCUCGCGGCGAGGGGGCGUGGCCGGUCAGGCUUUUGGUGUGGGAGCGCUGGAGGAUGAGGAUGAAGAUGUGUACCACAGAGACUCCAUGUCCAAGUAUGACACGGUGCUGGAGGGGGAGGAGCCUGGAGACGGCCUCUAUGGAUGGACGGCACCUCAGCACAAGGCCAGAAAGCCAAACCACAAGGAAGCGUCCUACAUUGGUAAAAUCUUGGAAGGCUUCACGCUGGCACAGAAUCCAGAAGAAGACAAAACUAUCUUCCGUCCUCCGGUGCUGCCUGCCAACUAUCGUCCUGUGCAUCAUUUCCGUCCCCAUGUGGAGGUUUCACACGUGACCGGGAUCAGCGCGGCACUGGCCGAAGCUCUGAGGACAUCCAGGGGUCACAUGGUCCAGGAGGAGCCUCCACAAGGAGGACGCCAUCGGCUGGUUUCCAGCCAGAGGGGGACGCUGCUCGGAGAAGACUCCUUGAAAGGUCCCACUUCCGUCAUGGAGCUGCUGAGACCAGAAGACCGAGAGCGACUGCUCCGCCUCCGCACCUCAUCCGGGGCCGCCCCAGCAGCCGCCCCAGCAGCCGCCCCAGCAGCCGCCCCAGCAGCCGCCCCAGCAGCCGCCCCAGCAACCGCCCCCGCACCGACAACCGCCCCGGCCCACAAUGCCGUGCGGCCAGCAGCCCCCACGCCCCGAAGCGGCAGCGGCGGCAUGGCCUCAUCCUCCAGUUUGCAGCAGCAGCAGCAGGCCAUGGCGGCGUGGAAAGGACACACCUCCUCGCAAACGUUCAAGCCCUUUGAGAAGAACUCCAGCAAGCAAGCUCGCUACGACUCGUACCUGAGUCGCCUCCAGCUGGGAGACAAAGAUGCCCUGAACCAAAGUUUAGAUCCGGCCAUGACGGAGUGGGAGCGCAGCCGGGAAGGGGAGGAGUUUGUACGAGCCUCUAUCCUGUACCGGCCCACUUCCUCCGUGCUGUCGAGUCGCUUCACUCGGGCCAAAAAUCAGGAUGAUGACGAAGACCACGUGGAAGUGGAUCGUGACCAGGAGGGCGCCCUGGACGACAAACAAGCGGCUGUCAAGAUGAAAAUGUUUGGACAACUCACCAGAGAAACCUUUGAGUGGCAUCCUGACAGAAUUUUAUGCAGGAGAUUCAACGUGCCUGACCCCUACCCUGGGUCAUCCAUCGUCGGUCUACCCAAAGUCAAGCGAGACAAGUUUUCUGUCUUCAACUUCCUGACGGUGACGGAGAGCAGUGAACGCACAGCCCCGGCAAAGGCUCUGCAGACCCACAAGAAGUCCAGAUGGGACCAGGAGGGGGAUAAGAGCGACCCACUCGGCCACCUCAUCAGUGAGGCCAGAGAGGAGACAAGCGAGACCAAAGUGGAGGAAGCAACAGAAGCGUCGUCCAGUCGAAGUCCUGAGCCGACACCCAAAGACAGAAAGGAGGACGGGGAUGAGGAUGAGGAGGACGACGACGAGGAUGAUGAUGAUGACGAGGAGGAGGAGGAGGUGGAGGAGGAGAGCCGCCCCCCCAUGGACCUCUUCAAGGCCAUCUUUGCCAGCUCCUCAGACGAUAAGUCCUCCUCUUCGUCGGAUGAAGACGGUGAGGAGGAGGAGGAACCCAAAGAGGAAGAAGUUAAGUCGGAACCGACGAACCUCUUCAACAUAUCGACGAGCGGCGUGGCAAACACUGUGACGACGUCGGCGUCAGAUUCCGUGCAACAGACGGUGGCGGCUUCUUCUCACAUGCCACCAGAAGAAGCACUGGAGUUUGGUCCCAAGCUACCGCCCCCAUGGUUUGGUCCUGCCACAGGACGCGUCACCCCGCCCCGCGAGUGUGAGAAGAGCAAAGACAGGAAACAUAAGAACAAGAAGCAACACAAACACAAGAAAGACAAGAAGAAGAAAGCCAAGAAGCACAAACACAAAGUGAAGCAACAGGAGAAGAAGAAGAAGAAGAAGAAAGAGGAGACGUCCUCCAGCAGCUCAGAGCAAAGUGAUGGUGAUGAUGAUGACGGCGACAUGGUGUCCACAGAGGAGCUCCUGAAAAGGCUGAAGAGCGCCACAUCAUCAUCACUGGCAGCCAUGUGACCUGAACUCCUCGGGAAAAAAGUGAACUGAUUUCUGUCAUUUGAAGAAAAUGUAUUUUUGAUUGUUUGACAGCUGUCAAUAAACAACAGCAUUGACAACGAUGGUCAUCAACAACGCGCGGCUCAUCAGAAGACGCUCUGCUGCAGGCAGCGGCAUCCGCAGCCCGCCGGGCACUCGUCCUGGCGGCGAAACCAGUCCAUCAUGUGACCCGUGUGCCCGCCGUGACCGCAGCUGAGACAGAAGUGGGAGGAGCCCCGCACGGCCACGUGACACACGGCGCACUGGAAGGUGAGCCGCUUGCACACGGCGCACUGCGUCCCCCUCGCCUGACUGCGGCAGUGGCAGCAGAACACGCCGAACUCUGCCGGCACGAAGGGGAGACACACGAGUUGGGACAGGAAGUCGAUGGGACAAGCCGGCAGGGCCAGCGACGUACCGACUCCUUGGUGGGGUUCCGGCGGACAGGAAGCAAACUUGAGAACAUCAGCUCGUUUGUCUCGGAGGCCCCAGCGGUACAAGAUUUCACCGUAACACUUCUUGAAGUCGUCGAACUGCAGCGUGUUGGUGGGAUCCAGAAGUCUGCGGGUGACAGGAAGUGACAUCACGCUGCCGUCUUGACACAUCCCAUGUGGAAGCGGGGCGGUCACCUCUUGUUCAUGUCGUGCUGCUCGCUCUCUCGAUCGCGUGGGUCAGCGUAACCAUGGUUGCUAGAGCGACCGUCUUCGGGGGACGACUCGCUCCAGGAGUUGGCGUGCUCCGACGGCUCAGACGUGAAGCUGGGCUGAGCAAAAGUCACAUGACAUCACUUCCUGUACAAGAUUGUCUCGCUAGCCAGGAUAGUGCUUAGGGCGCGUCACUACUUACGUAGCGUGAGUGAGGGGGCGGGACCGCGGGGGAGCGAGACUGCGGUGGACCGUGUGGCGAGUGACCGUCUGUGAAGACGCUGCACAGCAUGGCGAGCGUCUGAACGUCACUCAUGUGACUGUAGUGGUCCACGCUGAGGUGAAACCCCCCGCAGCACGUUAAACCUCCAUGCCGUAGUUGCCGCCAUGUCACGCUCCGCGUCACACAUUCUUACAUAACAUGGAGCUUUGAAAACGACUCACAGAGUGUCCAGCAGGCGGCGACCGAACGGAUGGCUUGCCCAAGGAGCGUCCGUGUCCGGGUCUGAGUCCGGACUCAGGUCAACACUUGUUGCUGCCGAUGCCAAAGCCCACACCUGUGCAUGCACACAUGUUGACGUUCAUUCGCCUUCAUUCACCAGUUGCCAUGGUGACAGCCUACCUUGGCUACAUCUCGACGUCCGGCUGCCAACGCGGCUGCUCCGUUCUUCUGACACGUGUCCUGGAUGUCCCGCAUGUUCAGACUACGGCGAGGACGAGACAGACGUGGCGUCAGACCAGGCGGAAGGGAGUAGAAUGGAAUGAGGCGUUCACUGACAUAUAAUUCUCUCCCAGGACUUUGUGGACAGGAAGCAGGCAGGAGAUUUCCUGGAUGAUCACCUUUCCUGCCAACUUGAUGGAGCGACUGCUGUAGUCUGCCCCGUCCCUCUUGGUCUUAAAGCGGCGAGAUUUCUAGAGGACACGGCAUAACUUGGUUAUGCUAACUUGGUUAUGCUAACUUGGUUCAUGCAACGGUGUGUGUGUGUGUGUGCGUGUGUGUGUGCGUGCGUGCGUCACCCUCUCUUUGUAGUAGAAGGACGAGAUGGACACGGUGUCUUUGUCCGAGCGAGUUGGACUGCUGCUGUAUAGACGCAGAGCGCCCUGAGACUCUGAGCGGAUCUUCAUGGGGGUCAACACGCCGCUGUGAUAGGCCGACAACGCUGACAGGGACCUGACGCACACACAAACGCACACACAAACGCACACCUGUAUUUGCUUAGCACAACAACUGCAACCAGGACAAGGAUCGGUGACGGUUACCUCGGGGUGGGCUCGGUGGCGGGGGCUGAGCGGUGCAUGGUGAUUGGUCGUGUGAAGUAAACCAGACAACCGGUGCCACAAAACCGAGCCCCUGACGUGCGGGGGAAGGGAAUGUUGGCGUCCUGCAAAACGUGUGUGUGUGUGUGUGUGUGUGUGUCAGUGGCAGCAAGAGCAUCUCCAGCGGUAUCAACGGUUCCUGGUACCAAGAGGAGGCGCUUUGAUUCACGUACUUGGUAGGAUCCGUAAGUGUUGGUGACUCGAGGAAACGGCUGCAGCGCUGGAGCGACAGGAUUGGACAGGAUGAAGGGGCCUGAGGACGGACUGUCGUCCUGCGUCUGAGGAAGGACAUCAAGGUAUCUUUUAGGGACUGAAGACGCACCCACGGGGACAAUCUCACCAUGUCUGACUCAAGGCAGGACACGAGCUGUCGGACGCAAGGUUCCAGACAGUUCUGAUUCCUUUUGACCUUCUGCAGGGACACGUCUGUGAGGAUCUGAGAGGCAGGGAGAUAGGUGAGAUGUGUCCGAGUGACGACUCGGUGCAUUCAGGGGCAUCUGCUCGUGUCGUACUUUGUGGAUCUUGCUCUUCAUGGCGGUGGAGAUGGUCGUCGGGGAGACAAACUGGAAGGUAGGGGCGCAGUUGUUGGGAUAUUGUCCUGGGAAUUUCAUCAGCAGUCGAACCUGAUGACUCCCAAAAUGAGCCGAGACGACACAGCUGCAGUUCAUUGCGUCCAUCUGCCCCCCCCCCCCAAAAAAAAUAUAACAUUGGUACUUCACAUUGUUUCAUCUCAUGUCAUCGUCUGUCCACGGCUCACCUCCACAUUGACGUUCCUGAUCUGCAGGUUGACCAGAGAGAAUUCCUGCUGUAGCGUCUGAGGGAGACUUGAGGACGCAGCCGAGUCCUGGCGAGCGCCUGAGCCCACCCCGCCAUCUUGAUCUGCAUUUGGAGCAGGGACAGUGAGGUACAGAGGUAGAGUUGGACGCGGGUGCACAGACAUGCGUGUCACCAUGCAGGUGAUGUCCAGCGGGAAUUCUGGUGUGUUGUCCGUCGGGGUCAUUGGCCGUCAGCGACUUGUCCGUGUCCAUGUUGAGAGACAUUCCCUCCAUCAAGUCAUCCGCCAAGUCGCUGACACAUAGCUGCAUGACAAGGAGAAGUCACAACAUACGUGUCACACGCGUGACCAGUAUCCCCGGAGGUCACCUUCUGUAGCUGAGGGUCCACCCGCCAGAUCCUCAGAGUCUGAUCUCUGGACCAUGUGACCAGCUGGUAGUCUUUGGUACCUGAGACACAGGACACGGACAAUGAAGGGCACUGACCCAGUCGCAAGAAGAGCUGGGACCUCCACUGACCUUCCUUCUGGGGCCUCCAUUGGAACUCAAGAACCACGUCGUCGUGUCCCACAAAGGCAUGGACUGGACUGUUGAGGUCUAGCGUGGACCACAGAAGAAGACUGUUCUCACGCCUCAGCUGAGGGACCAUCACCGUGACCAGGCCAUUGGAGAAGGGCUGCACACACAUGCACGCACACACGCACACACACACGCACACACACACGCACACACACACACACACACACACAGUGAAUCACAGCUUGUUGAUAGUUGUUGAUUGACAGCCAAGUUCUCACCGUAUAGCGAGCCUUCCAGACUGGCACCUGGCACGAAAGGAUGUUCAGGUACUUCCUGGGCUGCCUGUAAUCCCAAAACUACACACGCACACCUUCCACGUGAUGACUAGGAAUGCUGGGAAUGUGGUGGCUUCAGUUUCUGCCACGGCUCUCACCCUCACUGAGUUGUCUUGGCUGCUUGUGGCCAGGAUGAACUCGUUGUCCGGGUGCCAGUCCAGACCGUGGAUCUUGGACAAGUGGGCCGCCACGUACUCUGCGGCCGUGUUGGGUUUCUGCUCGGAGACAACCACACACCGUGACCGCACACAAGGUCACGUAUGAGUGAACAUCCACUGCUCCACUGCGUUUCUCACCCUUCUAUCCCAGAUCCGAACGUCUCCAUCGUGACUGGACGCCAGCAGGUUCUGGUUCCUACGGUUCCAUUUCACCUGAGAUGCACCCGCUGAAACAUGACACACAAGAACAUCGUCCGCUUUACACACCAUGUCACGCCAGUCAACGUCAAGUCAUCAUUUUGGUGAUGAUUCCAUGGAAGUCCAGUUUCUUGAUUGGGUUCCCAGACGUUCUACCAACUGAAGUCCGUCCAUGCAAAUCUACUAAAUAGUUGAGUGCUCGUGUUGUCGUAUGUUCUCACCAACAGCAGACAGAGCCACAGCGGGCUUCCGAGUAUCUCUGUGGAGAAGAACAUCAUCCAUGUCAGAAGCUCUCCAGACCUCAGCGUGUCCUUCUCACCUACCUGGUGUCCCAGAUGUACAUGUAUGUGUCCACGGAGCUGGUGACCAGGAACUCCGCUUCAAAGCACGACCAGUCCAGAUCGCUGCGACACACACACAC